AGGGCUGUCCUGGCAGAGGCCCCCCUCGCACUUUCUGGCGGGAACAGGGCCAGCAGCGAGAGAACAGCCACAGAGGGAAAGCGGGAAAGAGCCGGGAAGACCGACCAGGCAGCAAUUACGCUUUGGGGAUAAAACGAGGCUCGGAGAGCGGGCUGGGGCAUUUCUCCCCGAGAUGGCGGGUCUGACGGCGGCAGCCCUGCGGCCCGGAGUCCUGCUGCUCCUGCUGUCUGUCCUCCACUCCUCUCGGUCCGGAGGGGUCCCAGGGGCUGUUCCUGGCGCAGUUCCCGGAGGAGUCUUUUACCCAGGGGCUGGUCUCGGAGGCCUGGGAAUAGGAGGUCUGGGUGCUGGAGCCAAACCACCCAAGCCAGGUGUUGGAGGGCUCGCAGGCGCUGGCCUCGGGGCAGGUGCAGGUCUGGGUGCCUUCCCUGCUGGCACCUUCCCGGGGGCCCUGGCGCCCGGCGGAGCGGCCGCCGCUGCUGCAGCCUAUAAAGCAGCCGCCAAGGCUGGUGCUGGGCUCGGCGGUGUUGCUGGAGUCGGCGGUGUUGCUGGAGUCGGCGGUAUUGGUGGUGUCGGUGGUAUUGGUGGUGUCGGUGGCAUUGGUGGUGUCGGUGGCUUAGGCGUGUCUACAGGUGCCGUGGUUCCUCAGCCCGGAGCUGGAGUAGGAGUUGGAGCCGGAGCGAAGCCUGGGAAAGUGCCCGGUGUGGGGCUUCCAGGUGUAUACCCAGGUGGAGUGCUCCCAGGCACAGGAGCUCGGUUUCCAGGUGUGGGGGUGCUCCCUGGGGUCCCCACUGGAACAGGAGUGAAGCCCAAGGCCCCAGGUGGAGGCGGUGCUUUUGCAGGAAUCCCAGGGGUUGGGCCCUUUGGGGGCCAGCAGCCUGGAGUCCCCCUGGGCUACCCCAUCAAGGCACCCAAGCUGCCAGGUGGCUAUGGACUGCCCUACAGCACUGGGAAACUGCCCUACGGCUACGGGCCCGGAGGAGUGGCUGGCGCCGGGGCCAAGGCUGGCUACCCAACGGGGACAGGGGUUGGUGCCCAGGCUGCAGCAGCAGCAGCUAAAGCAGCAAAGUAUGGUGCUGGAGGAGCCGGAGUCCUCCCUGGUGUCGGAGGGGCCGGCAUUCCUGGCGUGGCCGGUGCAAUUCCUGGAAUUGGAGGCAUCGCAGGGGCUGGGACUCCAGCUGCAGCUGCAGCUGCGAAGGCAGCCGCUAAGGCCGCCAAGUACGGAGCUCCUGGAGGCUUAGUGCCCGGUGGGCCAGGCUUUGGUGUCCCAGGAGUUGGUGUUCCAGGAGUUGGGGUCCCAGGAGUUGGUGUCCCAGGAGUUGGUGUCCCAGGAGUUGGUGUCCCAGGAGUUGGAGUCCCAGGAGUUGGGGUCCCAGGUGUUGGAGUCCCGGGAGUUGGCGUUCCAGGAGUUGGAGUCGGGGCUGUGUCACCAGCUGCAGCUGCGAAAGCUGCCGCCAAAGCAGCCAAAUAUGGAGCCAGGGGGGGAGUCGGAGUUGGAGGCAUUCCCACUUACGGGGUUGGCGCUGGGGGCAUUCCCGGCUACGGUGUCGUGCCCGGAGUCGGAGGAAUCCCCGGAGUCGGAGUCGGUGGUGUCCCUGGAGCCGGCCUUUCCCCUGAAGCCCGGGCCGCGGCUGCCGCCAAAGCUGCCAAGUACGGUGCUGCAGGAGCUGGAGCCCUGGGAGGGCUGGUGCCAGGUGUACCAGGCGCAGUCCCAGGAGUACCAGGCGCUGAAGGAAUCCCAGGAGCAGGGAGCCCAGCAGCUGCAGCAGCCGCAGCUGCCAAAGCUGCCGCCAAGGCUGCCCAGUUCGGGUUAGGCCCCGGUGCCGGCGUGGCCCCUGGAGUGGUCCCCGGUGUAGGCGUGGCCCCUGGAGUGGUCCCUGGUGUAGGCGUGGCCCCUGGAGUGGUCCCCGGUGUCGGCGUGGCGCCCGGCGUUGGCAUCGGCCCUGGUGUUGCAGGAGUGGGGACCCCAGCUGCAGCCAAAUCCGCUGCUAAGGCGGCCGCCAAAGCCCAGCUCCGCGCUGCAGCUGGGCUUGGUGCUGGCGUUCCCGGACUUGGAGUUGGUGCUGGUGUUCCCGGACUUGGAGUUGGUGCUGGCAUUCCCAGACUUGGAGUUGGCGCUGGUGUUCCCGGACUUGGAGUUGGCGCUGGUGUUCCCGGCUUUGGGGCAGGUGCAGUGCCUGGAUCCCUGGCCGCAGCUAAAGCAGCCAAAUACGGAGCAGGAGUCCCCGGGGCCCUUGGAGGGGGUCUUGGUGGAGUAGGUGUCCCAGGCGGCGUGGCAGGAGCUGGACCUGCUGCCUCAGCUGCUGCCGCUGCCAAAGCUGCUGCCAAAGCCGCCCAGUACGGCCUGGGGGGCGUCGGUGGGCUCGGAGUUGGGGGACUUGGUGCUGUCCCAGGUGCUGUCCCAGGUGCUGUCCCCGGUGCUGUCCCUGGUGCUGUCCCUGGUGCUGUCCCAGGUGUUGGGGCCUUGGGAGGUGUGUCCCCAGCUGCAGCUGCUAAAGCAGCCAAAUACGGCGCUGCUGGCCUCGGAGGUGUCCUAGGAGCCGGCAGGCAGUUCCCAGUUGGAGGAGUGGCAGCGAGACCUGGCUUCGGAUUGUCUCCCAUUUUCCCAGGUGGCGGCGCUGGGGGCCUGGGUGUCGCUGGAAAACCCUCCAAGGCCUACGGAGGGGCCCUGGGAGCCCUGGGAUACCAAGGUGUGCCCUGCCUGGGGAAAGCCUGUGGCCGGAAGAGAAAGUGAGCUUCCCAGGACCCCUGACUCGCGACCUCAUCAACUUUGGUGCUACUGCUUGGUGGAGAAUGUAAACCCUUUGUCACCCCACCCC